UUGCCGUUUUUUUGCUUCAUUUUACUUAUCUACAAGUACUCAUCGCAGUGAGUUGCAAAAUUAUACAAGUUUUAAUCAGAUAGCGACUCGUUGAUUACCAAAACACAGACAAUAAAAUGGUGAACUUCUGUAAAAGCAAGAAAUGUUUGCUUGGCAAGACUGCCAUUGUCACCGGCGCCAACACAGGGAUAGGUUAUGAAACGGCCUUAGAAUUCGCAAAACGCGGCUGCCGCGUGAUCAUGGCUUGCCGCAACCAGGAAAAAGCGCACGCGGCCAGAGAAAAAAUCGUGCAAGCAACCGGAAACGAAAACGUCGUCGUCAAAUCAAUCAAUUUAGACACUCUCUCAUCCGUGAGAGCCUUCGCCAAAGACAUCAACGAGAACGAAGACCGCCUGGACUUGCUGGUCAAUAACGCCGGAGCCGCCUAUCUCCCAGACCAAACCACAGAAGAUGGCCUCCAGUUGGAAAUGGCCUGUAAUUAUUUCUCGCCGUUUCUUCUAACUGUCCUCCUUUUGGAUCUUCUAAAGAAGUCCGCGCCUAGUAGAAUCAUCAAUGUUUCUUCCACCGCUGCGUUGUUCAUCCGCAACCUAAACCUAGAAGAAUUGAAUAAGUACGCCGGAUGGAUGUUGUAUUGCAGGACGAAACUUUGUCAGAUUUAUUUCACGCAAGAGCUUGCGAGGAGGCUGGAAGGGACCGAGGUUACCACGUAUUCGUUGCACCCGGGGGCCGUCAACACGGAGUUUUUGAGGUCUUCGACUCUCGGGAGCUGGGUAGCGUCGAAGAUGUUCAAGACGGCUGAAGAAGGUGCCCAGACUAGCAUAUAUUUGGCAUUGGAGGACGGAAUUGAGGAGCACAAUGGAGAGCAUUUUGAAGAUUGCAAAAGAGUUAAACCGUACUGUGGAGCUAGGGAUGAAGAGAAGAGGAAGAAAUUGUGGGAAAUCAGCGAAGAAAUGGUUGGACUACGACAGAAAUAGUUCUAACUUGUUUUUUGUACUUCUAGUUUUGUGUUAAAACGAGAAAAGCGGGAUUUUAUUUAACCUAAAAAAUUAAUAAACUAAAUUAAAUAAUU